AUGGCCAACGUCAAUUGGCGCACCAUCAACAUCGAUGCGCUGGACCCCGACUCCCCCGCCAACUUCGAUCUCAGCUCCCUCGCGCCUUCCGUCGCGCCCGUAUCGACCGCCGAUGUCCAGUCGCUCGCAGGCCAGAUCCGGCAGCUCUUGAGAGGCGGAGACAGUGCCGGUGCGCUCCAGGGCGCGCUGGAGAACCCGCCGUACGGCGCAGAUGCGCAGGGCAAGGACGUCCACUUAGCUACCGUCAUCGAGAUCCUCCAGUCCAUCCGCCAGGCCGACAUGUCACCAAUAUUAAGCCAAAUAUACAGCUCACCAGGUGGAACUGAGGCACUGGACGUGCUCAUGAAGUAUAUAUACAAGGGAAUGGCACAGACGAACGCAGCGACUUCCGCCCGCAACAUCACGCCCCAAGCUACCGGUUUCUCCCAGGUCCACGCCCGCGGCGGCGGUGAGGGUGGCAGCCAGGCCAUGAGCGUGCUGCUGAGCUGGCACGAGAAGCUCGUCGAAAUCGCUGGGCCAGGCAGCAUCGUGAGGGUCAUGUCAGAUCGUCGUACUGUUUGA